CUGGCAAGCAUGCAUGCAUGCCCUUUCCCCUUGACUCUGUUAAUUUGAAUAAUGUUUGAAAUGAUGAACUGCUAUGAUGUGUAACUAUGAAACAUCAUCGAUCAUGUCAAUGGUGAAUUCGUCAUAACUUUCCAAAGGGUAUCCACAAAACCCAACAUGACAGGCUGUUGCUUCCCGGUGACCCUCGAUCGGUCUCGCAGUCGCAGGGGAAGCUCCAAGCUUUGUUCAUCUAAACAUCGGAGAAAAGAGAACUAUAAAGGGCCUCUGAUUGUUUGCUUUGGGGAGAUGAUGAUGAAUUUGGUCCCAACGGUGUUACCAAUGUCCCUUGCAGAGGCAGCAGCCUAUAAGAAAUUCCCUUCUGGGGCCACUGCCAAUGUUGCAGUCGGAAUUUCUAGAUUAGGAGUUUCAGCAGCUUUUAUUGGCAAGGUGGGAAAUGAUGAAUUUGGCUGUAUGUUAUCUGAUAUUCUGAAACAAAAUGGUGUUGACAGUUCGGGCCUACUCUUUGAUGAUGAUGCAAGAACAGCAUUGGCAUUUUAUGCUCUUAAGAGUAACGGAGAACCUGAAUUCAUGUUUUACAGAAAUCCAAGUGCUGAUAUGCUUCUUCGUCCUCAAGAGAUUGAUCCAAGCCUCAUAAAGAAGGCCACAAUAUUUCAUUAUGGUUCAGUCAGUUUAAUUACGGAGCCUUGUAGGUCAGCUCACCUUGCAGCAAUGAGUGUUGCCAAAGUCUCAGGCUGUAUCCUUUCCUAUUCUCCAAAUUUGGCAUUGCCACUAUGGCCAUCAAAGGAGGCUGCAAGACAGGGCAUCAUGAGUAUCUGGAACUAUGCCGACAUUAUUAAGGUAAGUGUGGAUGAACUUCGACUCUUGAUCGAAGGUGAUGAUCCUUAUGAUGACAAAGUGAUCAUGAUGAAGCUGUACCACUACAAUCUCAAACUUCUGGUUGUCACUGAAGAAGGACGAGGCUGUAGAUACUACACCAAGGACUUUAAAGGAUGGCUUGCUGGUUUUAAAGUGGAAGUAGUUGAUACAACUGGAGCAGGUGAUUCGUUUGUAGCAGGAUUAUUGAGCAUUGUGGCUGCACACAAUCAUAUCUAUAAGGAUGAGAAAAGGUUAAGGGAGGCCCUUGAUUUUGCAAAUGCUUGUGGUGCUGUCACAGUAACAAGGAGAGGAGCCAUACCUUCACUUCCCACAAAGGAUGUUGUUCUCAGACUUCUGUUUUCCCGCUUCAAUUCAUAGAUUUCCCAAUGUAUUGGUUAUCUCAAAUUCAGUUCAUGUUAGUUUGAGGCCUGUGGCAUUUCCUGUUCUUCAUUUGCUAUAAACAUUUUAACAAUUAGGGAACUACUAACAUGACAAAUGC